GACAUUCCGCAAGUGAAACACAACCUCUGUCGACUCUUUAAAAAUGUCGGUUUUUCACGACGAAGUCGAAAUAGAAGAUUUUGAAUACGAUGAAGAAACGGAAACGUACUACUUCCCGUGCCCGUGCGGAGACAGGUUCGCCAUCACUAAAGAGGACCUGGAGAACGGCGAGGAGGUGGCCACGUGUCCGAGCUGCUCGCUCAUCGUUAGGGUUGUUUACGACAAGGAGCAGUUUGUGUGUGGGGAAACUGUCGACGCUCCGAUGACGUCCGAAGCUAAACUGGAGGUGGCCCAGACAUAAUGGUUCACCAGUUAGGAGAGACAGGAGAUCCGAUACCUCCAUCAUCAGUUACCAGGACAGCUGAUCUGAUGCCUCCAUCGCCAGUCAUCCAGAAUGAGUCGACUCCCUCUGCUC